AUGAUCCAGGCAUUAGACUUUUUAGAUGACUCUCAGUUUAAAGGAGAUCCCGUUCAUAUGAGUCGAUGUUACAGAACUAAGACCAAGGGUGCAUGGGGAUUUAGUACGCGUGAUCAAGGUUAUGUUGUAUCUGACUGCACGUCGUUGGGAUUGAAAGCGGUAAUUAAUUUCCAGGAAAAGCUAAGUUAUGCAUCCAAGUCGGUUUCUAAAGAGCGUCUAUGCCAAGCUGUCGAUAUUUUAUUAGAUAUGCAAAAUGAAGAUGGGGGUAUUGCGAGUUAUGAACUUAUCCGUGGAUCCGAAUUUCUAGAAUGGAUGAAUCCAGCGGAAGUUUUUGGAAACAUUAUGAUUGAAUAUAGUUAUCCAGAAUGCACUUCCUGUGUUAUGACAGGAUUGAAAACCUUCUCAAAAUAUUAUCCCGACUAUCGAGCAGAUGAGAUUAAAAAAGUUUGCGAUAAGGCCAUAAAGUAUAUUUAUAAAUCGCAACGUGAAGAUGGAAGUUGGUAUGGUUCAUGGGCUAUUUGUUUCACCUACGCCGCCAUGUUUGCAAUAGAAGCAUUAGCCAGUAAUGGCGAAACUUAUGAGAAUAGUGAAGUUGUCAAAAAAGGGUGUGAAUUUCUGAUUUCAAAGCAAAUGGCAGAUGGUGGCUGGGGUGAAUCUUACAAGUCGUGCGAACUUGAAGUUUAUACCGAUCACGAACGAUCCCAAGUUGUAAACACCGCUUGGGCUUUACUCGCUUUAAUGAUGGCCAAAUAUCCAAAAGAGAAACCAAUUAAGCGCGGAAUUCAGCUUAUUAUGAAACGUCAAUUAUCAAACGGGGAAUGGAAGCAGGAAGCAAUUGAAGGAGUGUUUAACAAAAACUGCGCUAUCAGCUAUCCAAACUAUAAGUUCAUUUUUACAAUUUGGGCUUUGGGAAAAUAUGCCAAACUUUACGGAGAUCCUACCAUUUUCGUUUGA